GCACCAGUUUGUUGUUCCCCGCCACCACUAGGGACGAUGGACCGGCGGCGACGCGUAGACAAUGGGAAUGGACGGCGUCGACGUAGUCGCAGUCGCAGCUUCAGUCCCGUGUCUUCGCGACUGCGCUACCAACUGCGAAGACGCCAUCCUCGGCCUCCCCCGGUGCCCAGCACCCCGCGCCGGCGCCGACGCCGCACUGCCAAGGACGCUAACGAGAACGGAACACGCAGUCGGAGUCGCAGUCGCUCGCAUCACGGCAGUCGCUCCUCGAGACGAAGAACAGACUCGAGAGCACCGCGAUCCAGGUCUCGAUCCAGGUCCAAGAGGAGACACUCGGGGACUCGAUCGCGCACGGGAUCCAGCGGUAGUCAUCGCCACCGCCGACGAUACAGCGGCCGGAAACGGUCGUCGCGCACCGACAGCCAGACACGCGGACGACGUGGCAGCUCUGAGAACGACUACAAUGGCCGCUGUCGGUCGUCACACGGCAAGAACAAGCAGCAUCACUCACGACGACGCGAUUCGUACCACGACCGAGAGCCUUUGCUACCUCCACCGCCAGCACAGAAGGACGGCAGUGAAGACAGCGUGGGUCAUGACGACACAGUGGGCAGCUACGCCGGAAAACCUGGCGACUACAUUGCCAACCGCUACAAGAUCAUCCGCGAGGCCGGUCUGGGCACGUUUGGACGUGUCCUGGAGUGUCUGGACAAGCAGCGCAACAUCGUGGUGGCUAUUAAAGUGGUUCGUCAAGUGGAGAAGUACACGGAGUCCGCUAAGAUCGAAGCUGCGAUCCUGCAGGACGUGAACGACAAGGACAAGAAGAACGAGUCGCUCUGUGUGCGCAUGUUCAAGUGGUUUGAGUACAAGGGCCACGUGUGUAUGGUGUUCGAGCGUCUCGGCUGCUCCCUGUACGACUAUCUGAAGAACCACGACUACAAGCCCUUCCCGCUGCACUGUAUCCGUGCGUAUGCGUGGCAACUGCUGACGUCGCUGGAGUUUAUCCACAGUAUCCGCCUCAUCCACACAGAUCUCAAGCCCGAGAAUAUUCUGCUGGUGGACGACGAAGAGGAGCGACUAUCGUGUGAGUCCUCGUCGCCUUCCUCGACGUCCUCGUAUAGCUCACCCGAUGGCUCCAGACGCGAGCAGUGGUCCAAUGGGCGACAGUGGAAGAAACGCGCCAUGUCAGACGCAGAUACCGGUCGGCUGUCGCUGCGUCCACCAGCAAACAACGCGGUCAAGCUCAUUGAUUUCGGUGGCGCCACGUACGAAGACGAGUCCAAGAGCUCCAUUAUCAAUACCCGUCAAUACCGAUCACCCGAGGUGAUUCUCGGACUCGGCUGGAGUUAUCCGUCGGACAUUUGGUCUGCCGGGUGUAUUAUCGCCGAAUUGUACCUAGGCGAACUGCUGUUUGCGACGCACGAGAACAUGGAGCAUCUCGCGCUGAUUGAGCGGUGCUUGAACCCUCUGCCGGUCAAGAUGGCGGCUCGGGCGUCCAAGAACUCGACGUCAGGCCAGUUUUUCCACCGCGGACGCCUGAACUGGCCGGCUGCUGCUCCGAGCGAGGAGAGUGUGGACCACGUGCGGAGGAUGCGCAAGCUGGAAGACUUGAUAUCCCCCGAAGACGCGCAGAGCGGGCUGCUUGAGUUGCUGCAGCUGAUGUUGGUGCUGGACCCGGAGAAGCGGGUGACGGCCAGAGAGGCGCUCAACUCGCCGUUCUUUGAUGGGUUUUCGUAUCGCAACAUCGUGCGAGCGGGGCACAGCGACUGA